AUGACAAAGAAUGAGCACAAUUUUAUAAUUGAUGGACAGACAUGUCAUUUUCAUGAUGAAACUAUUAACGGCAUAUUUGGCGGUCACUUUCAUACAUAUGAUAAUUUCUAUGUAUCAUCUCAACAUUCAUCACGAAAGAUACAUGUUUUCGUACCGAUUGAUUAUUUGACAAAUACUGCACAGAAACGAUAUCCUGUUAUUUAUAUGAAUGAUGGACACACAUCGUUUUGGAAUGGAGGAUUAUCAAAUAAAUCUUGGAGAGUUGGAGAAACAUUAUCAAAAAUUUAUGAAACAGAUCAAACAAAACAAGUGAUUGUUGUUGCCAUUCAUCCGCUUGAUCGCAAUCGAGAAUAUACACAUUCACAUUGGAUGUGGAAAUAUACUUAUGGUGGAGUGGAUGAUUACAAUAACUAUAUUGUAAAUCAUGUAAAACCAUUUAUCGACAAAAACUAUCGUACAUUAGCUGGAGCUAAAUAUACAGUAAUUGUCGGUUCUAGUCAUGGAGGUUUGGCAGCAUUUCAUAUGGCUCUAUCUCAUCCGACAAUAUUUGGUAUUGCUAUCUGUAUGUCACCAUCAUUUUGGGCUGGACUCGACUGGUUAAUUGGAUCAAGUAUAACAAACCUUUGUUGUCCGCUUGAAAAAUCACCUUUAAUUCAAAAAUACGAUCAUGUUCUACGAUCAGAUAAUGCUCCAUUACUGUAUAUUGAUUGGGGUUUAUCAAAAGAUUGGCACGUUCAUAAUUUCAUUAUUGGUAAUAUCCAGAGCUGGGCAAGUGCGAGUACGGUUUUGGUGAUACUCGUAGUCGAGAGUUAA